GCGGGCACUUUCAUUUUGUGGUUAAAAAUAAGCACUUUUUGUUGAAUAAAAUUUAAAAAAUAGUUAUUUUAAUUAUAAAUAGCAGUUACGUUGUGGAAUAGUACGUCAGUUGAGCAACAUUAAAAAUAGACGAGUGAACACAAUUGAAUACAAUAAUAAACAAAUCGCAAUUAUCUAAAUCAUUGAAGUAAAUUUUUAAAAUAAGCUUAAGUUAGCAUUAUUCCAGUUAAAUGUUUUCCUCCACACCAUUACGUGCAUCAACUAAGGACCGGAAUGCCAAUAACAGCGCUUCAAGCAAUGAACAUGGGAAUUCUUUAGAAAACAGAAAUUCCUUUCCCUAUCCACCUUGUUGGAAGAAUGGUGUUCGUAUGAUUGCACUAUUGGCACCGUUUCGUAUACGGGAACUCAAUCCAGAACACUACGAUUCAAAAUUAAAGUUUUGGGAAGAUAUGAUAGCGUUAUAUUGUGAACACACAGGCACUGGCUGCUUUUGCAAACGCGACCUACAGCACACAUUUACGCGUGGUGAUCGAAUACCCUCCGGUUUGGACACAGUUUUUAGCGAGAUGUUGCACGCCAAGAAAAUACGCGCACGUGCAGAUUUUGAAUAUGAUCCUGAAAAUACAUGGAGCGGUUGGGCGAUGAAUAAUUUUGUAAAACUUCCAAUAUCUUGGGGUUGGCAAACAUUGAAGAGCAGAAUAGGACUACAGUCAGAGAAUCAAGCAAACUGGCUAGAAUAUGUUCACUUAGAUGUUAUGAAGAAAUUUUGUAAACAAUUGCAACAAAGUGUGUUGCAAGAACAUCAGGGCGAACUGCUGCAUUAUGAAAACUUUAGAGAACUUUCGAGCGCUGUUUUGGCGCUUAAAGAGGAUUGCCUACAUUUAUGUUUGCACGUGUUGCAUUGUCAAAGAAAAAUUGGAGUUGAGUACAAACUAGACAAAAAAGAACAACAAAUACACUUGAUCAAAAUACCUUCAAAAACUGAUACAAGCAUUGAAAUCACUGAGACUGAUCGUGCCGUGCACAACCUUAAAAUGACACAAGCCAGUUUGUUGAAACAAUUGGAAAAAUUGGAGGAAGACAUAAAGGAAAAUGCAGAAAAAGCACGCCAAUAUAUAAAAGAGAACAAACGUCAAUUGGCUAAGACUUACUUGCGAAAGAAACAAUUAUUGGAGAAAAAUCAUGAAAAACGUAGCAUAGCUUUACACAAUAUAGAAUCGCUUAUAACUAGCGUGGAUGAGGCACAAAGUCAUGGACAAAUACUCGAUGCUUAUAAGAUCGGCUCAAAGGCAUUACAAAAAGCACUUAACGACUCCGGUUUGAAAUAUGACAAUGUCGAUGAAGUUAUCGCCGAGGUGCGUGACACUAUGGAGACACAUCAAGAGUUACAAGAUACCUUGGCUAAUGCGGGAGUAUCAGAUAUUGCCGCCGGUGGUGCUGAUGUCAAUGAUAAUGAUGCUUUGGAACGUGAAUUACAACAAAUACUCGGUCAAACGGGUCAGACGCCCACCAAGCCAACAAAUACAAAUGAAAACGCAAAUAUAAGCAAAUCUGCAGCCAGCGGCUUGCCCAAACCACAAAUAACCGAUGCAGAACUUUUGGCUAUGUUAGCGGGUCUGGAAGUUGAAGACGGUUCACCCAGAAAAAGCGAGGCGGGUGUACGCACUACUGCUACUGAAUGAGUGUUAUCAAAGUUCACCACGUUGAAUGAGUUGCCAUUUUAGUUAAAAGAUCUUACUGAUUUUAUUUAUCUGCUUUAAUUUAAGGGUGAAUGUUUUGAAAACGUAUAUGUUCUAGAAAAAUUAAACUUUAUCAAAAUAAAAGCAUA